AUGGAGCAGGAGUUUAAGGGAGAGGAGGUAUUAUCAAAUGUCAAUUAAUCCCACUGUAUCAUUUGUCUUGAAGGAUUGGAGGUAGUGGGUCCACAUUUGGUGAAGCUCCAGCCAUGUGAUCAUUACUUAUGCUAAAAUUGCUUUGAGCUCUACUAUUAAAAGAGUGUCAAGGAUAAGUGCCCGGCAUGCCAAAAGUUUAUCGAAUAGUAUAGAACAUUUAACCAGGAUUCGAAUACUCUUUCUGAUGCAAAUGACUUCUAAAUUCUCAUAUAGGAUAGAAAAAAGGAAAGCUUUGAUGAGUCUUCCAAUCCUUAUGAAUGUCUUGAUCACUAAUUCUUUUCCUCAGAAUUAACUAAAUUGAUUCAGGUAAGAAGUGAGAUAGAGUAGGACAGAUUCCAUAGAAAAGUUUUUAAUAAGGAUCCUAAUCUUUAAGCUAACAUAGAUCUAGAAUGGAAUUGUCUUAAGUAGAUUGAACUGAGACUAUAUGAUUUAUAAGAUAUAAUUCACUCAAUGAAGCGAUUUGAAUCUGAUUAGAUGAUAAAGGAGGUCCAUGAAAUGACAGAGGCACUGAUCAAGAUAAAAGCAGGUAGAAUGACUAAUGAAUAAUUUACUGGUCUAAAUUUUGAGGAUCAUCACUUUAACAAUCAUAAUUAUGCAGACGAUGAUAUGAAUGAUGAUUAUUAUGAUGAAUAUGGUAUUGAGGAUUAUGGAGAUGAAUAAUAUGGAAUAGAGUAGUGCAAGUAUGUUACUAAAAGUUUGAAAAAAAAUAAAAAGCCAUCUAUAAAGUAAACUUCAAAUAUUAUUACAUAGCAAGUUAAAAGAAAGGCAUGA